UGUGAAUGUAGGUUCAGGACUUGUCCUUCUGCUUUUUUUUUAAUGUAGAAACAAGUCUUUUCUGGGUGUAUAUCUGUGUAUGUGUGUGUUCGAGUGUCAAUGCAAAUGCUGUUCUGAAAUUAUUAUUGGGUUAGAGAGAAAGGAACAGAAAUUGAAUACAGAAUAAUUUAUACGAUUCUACUAAUGGUACGACUAAUGAGUCAAAGAAUGUCAACUAGCCAACAGUCAGAUGCGAGUCUGCGUCUAUAAUGCGGAGUUUCUCUGUGAGCGAUGUGAUUAGACAUUCUUUGUGCAAGGAGCCGCCGCGUGCAGUGUUUCUCGUCAGACUCGUCGUCAUUAUUAUCGCUCUUGUAUUAAACUGGACUCCGUUCGUAUAAGGUGCUGUGAGCUUGUGCGAAAUAGUGACGGCUAAUACCUCAUACGCAAAAACUCGAUCGUGCACAAUCAGUGGAUAUCAUCAUCGUCGUCUCGAUCACCGUCAUUGGAAGUAGGCUACCUGUCUGAUAGUGCAUUCUAGAGUGCAGUUCAGCAUAACGGGGGAGGAUGGGUCCACUUCCAGCUGCUGUGGAACGCUGCAUUAAUUCGAGUUACCAGUACAUGCAGAAAGCCCGCGCCGACAUCAAGCGUGUGACGCAACAGUACCGUGGCCUUAUUCCAAAAGCAGAAACCUUCAUCUUCAACAAUGGCAGUUCCAAGGAGCUCGUGUGCCUCGAUGGGACAAUUCCUGUUCGAUACAAGAACGUAACGUACAACAUUCCGAUUCGCAUUUGGGUCUUGGAUAUACAUCCGUACCACGCGCCCUUUUGUUACGUCUGUCCAACACCAACGAUGCAGAUUAAAACCUCACAGUACGUGGACGAAAGUGGCCGGGUCUAUCUACCGUACCUACACGACUGGAAUCGCAACAGCAGCGAUCUCAUAGGAGUUAUACAGGUGAUGAUUAUGAUCUUCGGGGAACAACCCCCAGUGUUCUCCAAAAGUCCAAAUGCUCCUGGAAGCUCGCGACCUGCACAAUCUAAGCCACAGUCUACGCCCUACCCAAGCUCAACCGGCAUGUCUGUGGCAUUUCCAAUGCCAACCCCCGGUGGUACUGCCAUGUACCCCAAUAGUACUCCGUCAUACAACCCUAAUUACAACUCGAAUAACAACAACACACUCAGUAUAACGGACCAACACAUUCGCAUAAGCCUCUUGUCAGCUGUGGAAAGUAGAAUUACUGACAGAGCACUUGAAUUUGAGCAAAAGUCCAAAGCCGAGGAAGAAGUCCUUCGAAAAACGAAUGAAGAGCUACAGGCGGGAAAGCAGAAGUUAGACCGUUAUAUGUCCGAUAUGGAAAGAGAUUGUAGGGAAAUGGAAUCAAAUCUCACCGUACUGAAAGAAAAGAGUGAACAACUCAAACAGUCAAUCGAGCAAAUGUCGUGGGAUUCGGAAAAAGGGGGUCUUGAUGUAGACAACGCUGUUACUCCUACAGCGCCAUUAUACCGCCAACUUCUUCAGGCGUAUGCCGAGGAAAGUGCAGUGGAAGAUGCCAUCUACUACCUUGGAGAGGGUUUGCGGAAAGGCGUUAUUGAUCUAGACACCUUUUUGAAACACGUGCGUGAGCAAUCGCGAAAGCAGUUUAUGCUACGAGCGUUGAUGCAGAAAUGUAGGCAAAAGGCCGGACUUCCGCCUGUCUAAGUACCCAGAUGCCAUUCUUCUUUUUUGGCCUUUAUAUAAAUAAAGAACGUGGACUUAACGCACGAUCUUAACCAUUUGUUUCGGUUUAACACAACAAUUACAAAAUAGAGUUGGAGACUAAAUGGUAUAGACAGAUGUUAAAUUAGCAGUAGAAACUAUUUAAAGUGACUUCAUUGAAGACAAUGUACGAUGGGAUGAAGACGGCUAGAAUGAGAAGCUUUUCGGGGGACCGGUGUAGUUAAUUUUAAGGAGCCAUUAUUUCUGCAACAGUAAUACUAUUUACAAUAACUGUUAUUAAAUCUGUACGUGUUGCUGUCUGCUGAGUACUAAGAAGUUCAGUAAAUUGACCUACCCACUA